AUGUCUCACCUUAAUCCAGUGCUUCAGAAAGACUGGAAAAACAACGGUUACCUCAAAAUCCCCACCUUUUUCUCCGCCGCAGAGGUGAACGAUUUACAGGGAUGGGCCUCUGAAAUUUCGGGAUGGGAAUCGACACCCGACAAGUGGAUGCAUCACUACGAAUCGACACCAGAUGGUGCGCGACUCUCUCGUUCAGAAAAUUUUGUGCCAUACCACACCGGUAUGAAAGACACUGUGACGGGCGGCAAAGUGUUAGAUGUCGUUUCCGAGUUGAUGGAAGAACCAGCAGUCCUCUACAAAGAGAAAAUUAACUACAAGUACCCCGGCGGCGGUGGUUACACGGCGCAUCAGGACGCGCCCGCUUACGAGUUCGUCAACUACCAUAUCACCUGUCUAAUCUCGGUGGAUUCGGCGACACCCGAAAGCGGCUGUCUCUAUUUUGCAUCCGGUAGACACCAAGAAGGGUUCAUCGCACUGGACGAAAAGGGAUGCGUCGCCCCCGAAACCGCUUUGACGAUGGAGUGGGUCGCCGUGCCGACAGAUCCGGGGGAUAUACUUCUCUUUGGUUCUUACAUCCCGCACAAGAGCCCUACAAACCGUUCAAACCAACCGAGACGAAUUAUCUAUCUUACUUACAACGCCAACUCCCAAGGCGACUGGCGUGAACAGUAUUACGCAGAUAAACGGCAGGCUUUCUCGCAAUAUGCAACAGACGGCUCAAACCGAGACACGCAAAUUAGUAAAAUCGCACAUUUUCAAGGAAAAGUGAUAAACCAUGCAUAA